CCCCCGUCUGACAAACUUUGAAUCCGGCUAAUCCAUCCAUCCUCCGCCCAUAAUAUUGCUUUGUACCAUAAAGGCCGGGCACAGACAGGACACAAAGUUCCUAAAUAAUAUUGAUAAAGAGAAUUCCUUUUAAUAAAAAUAAUAAUUAGUAACCAACAAUGAACGUGCCCCUUAAUAAUCAUGAACGCUACCCACCUAUUCCCCUGCCGCCGCCUGAAAAUCCGUCAACAUCUCGGGCGUUUGAGGCUGCGGAUACCUUGGAGUCUGGACUAAUCAUAAUACGAGCACCUACCCAUGGUUAUGAGGAAGUCUAUGGUGAGGUGAAGAACGUCCUCUUCAAUGACCAGACCAUACGCAAAGGCUUCAUUCGUAAGGUUUAUUCCAUUCUGCUGGUACAAUUGCUUUUCACCUGUGCUAUUAUCGCCCUUUUUUUGUACCACGAGCCCACAAAAUUCUUUGUGCAAGUGAAUCCCGUUGUGAUCGUUGUGGCCGCAGUCGUUAAUAUCAUAGUUCUGAUCAUGAUAUCCUGUAUAGAAAGCGUCCGACGCACUCAUCCCACUAACCUUGUUUGUCUUGGCAUCUUCACCGUCACCAUGUCUCUGAUGCUGGGUUGUGUUUCCAGCGUGAUGGAUGAAAACUUGGUGCUUAUCGCUAUUGGAGUAACAGCGCUGCUGGUCACAGCCCUCUCCGUGUACGCCAUUCAAACUAAAGUUGAUUACACUGCCAUGGGCGGGGCCCUGGUCACAUUUGUGAUGUUUUCUAUCGUCGUUGGCGUGAGCGUUAUGGUCGUGCCGAGCCUCAGCGGAAACAUAGUCGUGUCCUCUUUAAUGGCCAUAAUUUCCUGCUUUUUCCUCAUCUACGAUACACAACAGAUCAUCGGCGGCCAUCACGAAUACCAGUUCAAUCCGGAAGAAUACGUAUUUGCGGCUCUCACACUGUACGUCGAUGUGGUUCGCAUUUUCGUUUAUAUCCUACGGAUUCUUCAGAGGAUCAACUAGGGGACAGAGUACUUACAGGGAGAAAACUUUGAAAGCAGCCGCGGAUCUUUUCCCAAUUUAGCUCUCAAUUCAAGGAACUUACUUAUGCAUGUAUGUUUGUUGUUAAGAUGAUUAACAUAACCAUUUGAUGGUUAGCCAAAGCGAAAAGCAGUGCCAUAUACCGGAAUUAACUCUGGAGAGCUACCAACUAAUGUGCUUCUGUGCCAAGUACCACCUACGAGUGGCACACUACAUGCCAAAAUGUUGUAUCCAAAAAUGAAAUAAUAUUCUUGCAUUAUUGGUAAUUCAAUAUUUUAUAAACUUAAUUGUUUUUGGCUCAUCCUGUCCUACGAUAGUUACAAUAAGUUUUUAUUAUAUUUAUAUAUAUAUAUGGAUAU